AUGGCGAAAAGCUCUCCAUUGCCCUUCAAAUAUUUCCUUGUGAUCACUUCCCUUCUUUUGUUACGCAGCUUUUCUUUAGCCCAAAAUGACUCUCCAGCAUUGGGUUACAGUGUGAAAGAAAGACAAGCUCUUUAUGCUCUGAAGGCUGUUUUUAACAGUCCUUUCCUAAAUGGAGUCUGGAAUGGUCCUCAUUGCUAUAACAAUGCCUCACAAUGGUACGGAGUUCGAUGUAAUUCCAAUGGUCAUGUUACAGAAAUAGCUUUGGAUAAUAUGGAACUCAGGGGAAAUAUAAGAUCCAAUGCCUUUACUGGUUUCACUGAAUUGUCUGUUCUGAGCUUAAAGAGCAAUUCUGUAAGCGGUACUGAGAUAGACUUCUCUCCCAACCGCAACUUGACUCGUGUCGAUCUCUCGGGAAACAUGUUUUCGGGGCAGAUUCCGAUUUCCCUUGUGGGAAUUUCAGUACUAGAGUCACUGCUUUUGCAGGGCAACUAUUUCACCGGCACAAUCCCGGAAUUCAACCAAUCUAGCUUGAAAGAAUUCGACGUCUCGAACAACAAUCUAAGUGGCUCAAUCCCGAAAACUCGAGCUCUCCAAUUGUUCGGUCGCGAUUCGUACGACGGCAAUCCUGGAUUGUGUGGACCGCCUUCUUCAACGCCUUGCAACUCCAUCAAACACGACGCAGCAGCAGAAGCACCCUCGGAUGAAAAGACUGAUCAGGGCUCCUUUUUGCAGUCCCUCAAGCACAAUUUGAAAGCAAUCUUAUUAUUACUCAACGCCGUUUUAAUAGCAUUGGUGAUAUUUCUAUGUCUUUUCUACUACAACAAAGCGAGGAAGCUGAAGAAGAUGACGAGAGAAUAUAAGGAAAGAGAGGAAUUAAGAACCGAGAAAAGUGAGCUUGAUCAGCUGAAUAUCACGGAAGUAGAAGGAGAUCAUAAUCGUCAAAGAUCAAGGGCAAUUAGUAAUAAUAUUAGAAAUAAUAUUUCCGGACAAGGGAGAGGAAAGCUUGUAUUUAUGGCGGAUAAUAAUAACCAUGGCCAAGGAAGUAAUAGUACUUUUGAUAUGAGUGAUCUUCUAAAGGCGUCUGCUGAAGGGUUGGGACAAGGGACUUUUGGGAAUUGUUACAAGGCAAUGAUGGAAGGAAAGCCUGUUGUUGUGGUGAAGAGGCUUAAGAAUUUGAAGCCGAUGACGGACGACGAAUUUUCGAAGCAGUUGUUGGUGAUUGCAAACCUUAAUCACCCUAAUUUGCUGUCAUUUCUUGCUUACUACAACAGAAAGGAUGAGAAGCUCUUGCUUUACAAGUAUGUGGAGAGAGGAAACCUGUUUGACCGUCUUCAUGGAGGAAGACGGAAGGGAGAGAAAAUUCCAUUCCGAUGGGCCGGACGACUAAACGUCGCUCGAGGUGUAGCUCGAGCCAUGGAAUACCUACACCUCAACACCACAUUUCUUGCUCCUCACGGAAACCUAAAAUCCACAAAUGUCCUUCUUGAUUCCAACGACAUCGCCCUCGUCUCCGACUACUGCCUCGGUUCUCUCGCCGCCCUUCCCGUCGCAGCUCAGCGCACAGUCUCCUACCGAUCUCCCGAAUACCAGUCUACGAGGCGAGUCUCGAAAAAAUCCGACGUGUGGAGCUACGGCUGCCUCCUUUUGGAACUCCUCACAGGAAAAAUCGGAGCCUACACGGCACCACCAGGUGUGAGGGGUGUGGACCUAUGCACCUGGGUGCAAAAGGCCAUUAGGGAGGAAUGGACGGCGGAGAUUUUCGACGCGGAGAUUGCGGUGAACCGGAGAAGCGCUGUCCCCGGGAUGCUGAGGUUGCUAGAGAUUGCCUUGCAUUGCGUGGAGAAGUCGCCGGAGAAGCGUCCGGAGAUGGCGGAAGUGGCGAGGGAGGUGGAGGAGAUACAGUUUUUGGAUCAGUCGGAAGACGAAAACGAUCAAUCUUUAGAAAGAUCAUACACUACUGAUGAUUCUAUUUCCUCUGUUGCCUCGGGAAAGGCGGGAGAUAUUGAUCAGAAGUAG